CUGCUGUAUUGUUUCGCAGAUUGUGGGAAGCUCAUGCUGUGGAUGUUAAAGGGCGGCGGGCGGAGAUGAGGAGGAACAUGUAGCUGGGAGGACAGUACUGCCAGCCGAGGGGGAGCUCUAUCGUUCAGCCAGGUGUGUCUCACCAGCCACCUUCCAGCCUUCUUCCCACCACUGUCGAGGUAGCCAUGGCGACCAGCGCUGUGCCGAGCGACAACUUGCCAACGUAUAAACUGGUGGUGGUGGGAGAUGGCGGCGUUGGGAAAAGCGCUCUAACCAUCCAGUUUUUCCAGAAGAUCUUUGUGCCAGACUACGAUCCCACUAUUGAGGACUCGUACCUCAAACACACUGAAAUAGAUGGACAGUGGGCAAUACUGGAUGUGCUGGACACAGCCGGCCAGGAGGAGUUCAGUGCAAUGAGGGAGCAGUACAUGAGGACGGGAGACGGUUUCCUCAUCGUGUUUUCCGUCACGGACAAGGCCAGCUUCGAACAUGUCGACAGGUUCCAUCAACUCAUACUACGGGUCAAAGACAGAGAGGCCUUCCCAAUGGUGCUGGUUGCCAACAAAGUGGACUUGGUUCAUCUGAGGAAGGUAACAACAGACCAGGGCCAAGAGAUGGCUGCCAAACAUAACAUUACUUAUAUUGAAACCAGUGCAAAGGAUCCUCCAAUGAACGUGGACAAAGCCUUCCAUGAGCUGGUUCGGGUUAUAAGACAACAGGUCCCAGAGCGAAACCAGAAGAAGAAAAAGAAGAUGAAGUGGAGAGCAGAACGUUCCACUGGUUCCCACAGGUUCCACUGUGCCAUAUUGUGACCUUCCUUCUCUUCUGCAUCUCUCAUUUUAUACGCAAGCUACCCGACACACACAAAAUAAACCCAACACACCUUUGGAUGUCAGGGAACUCCCCAGCAGUGUUCAACUACUGGAGCACAAGACCCCAGGAGGGGGUAGAUGUGUCACCGAACAGCUUCCUGGAUCCUGAGAGACGGAGGCUGAACAGAAAGGUUUCCCCUCAUGGUGGACAGACUGCUUUCUCCUCCUCUUCUAACUUUCAAAGGGUUUUAUUUUCCAGCCUCAAUCCUCUAUUUGUAACAGAACAGCUGAUUGUUUAAUCAUUGAGCUGAACGCAAGAUUUCAAAGCCUAUUGAGAGGUGGAAAUAUGGAGAUACGUUUUUUUUCUUUGAGAGUCUUUUCAAGAGAGUGAAGAAAAGGGAAUAACUGGCACAAAGUGGCGCCUGUUAUUUUUUUAAUUAAAUAAUAUCUCACUACAGCAGUUUUGGGGGUAAAUAAGUCCACAGUUGUUUCCCAGUGAGUGAGACAGGUGAUGGUAUGACUGAAUGUGGAAGUGGUGACGGUAACUUUGGAGGCGCUUCAGUUGAUUUGGUUUACGGAGGGCAUAACGUGUACCAAGAGGUCAUGUUUUGUUCUGUUUUUAUUGGAAAUAAAAGAAGAAGAAAAGUGGCAUGAUGGAAAUAAAAAAUGUGUCGUACAGACUGUGGCCGUGUCCGCUGUGGAGUAUGUGUUUUUACAAUUAUAAGAAAAGAAAUUAAAGAAUCAUUGUUAUGUAGUAAGAGCCAUGUUUACAGGAUUUUAUUUCCCCACUCGUACAUGAGCCACUUCCUUCUACCCUUUUGAAAAAAGAUGUGGGUUUGGUUCCUUAUGUGCUUGUAAGUGGUGUGAUAAACCUUGAUCAAUACUGUAUGAGCAUUACCUUUUGUGUUCUAUUCCUUUUUUUUGUAUCAUAAAGUGUUCAAAUGACAGAUAUGUGAUAUAAAAAUAUUAUAUGUGGCAAUUUUGACAAAUUCACAGCUGUUUGUCAGUAAGUUAGACUAGAUAAAGGAUAAAUUAAUAGAAAAUGGGGCUGGAGAAGCUGAUUUGCACUGGCCACAAACCAAAAUAAUGUGAUGUCACUUUAUCUCAAACAGGGGCUUUUCCUGCCUCCCCCAUUCACUUCAGGACUAUGAUAUAAAGUGAUCAGUGCUCAUAAAGGAAGAGGAUAAAUCCUGUAGCUUUAGGAAUCUGUCAGUGUUUGGAAACCUGCCUGAAGUUGUGCGCAGUGAUGCGCUCUUCUGGCACUAAGCCAUGUUGUCAUACAAGUAGCCACAAUCCAGAUGGGUGUUAAGGGGAGGUGGAACAUGCGGAUUAAUCUAUGAAAAUGGCUCGUACUGUUAUUAGACUAAAGUUUUGGUGGGCGACUUUCUUUUCAGGAUGCGCACCAACUCUUGAAGGAAUACGUUUUUGCACUUUGGAAACAAUCUCUGACUUUUUCCUAUUGGCAUGUUGUUGUUUUUUUUCCUUCUUUUUAACCUGUUAAGCUGAAAGGCACAGUUAAAAGAAAACAUAUGUGUAUAUCUGAAUGUAAAGUGAUAAAUUAAGUUAACAGCUUAUUGGAGUCGUAGCCUCGUGUGCCUGACUGCGUAUGCCUGUUGCCUUGGCCAUGAUUGUAAAUCAGAUCCACUAAUUUGAGACGUAAUCAUGAAAAUUGUAUUGGAAGCAAAAGUUGCAUAACUACCCAGUUUUUAAUUAAGGUGCUUAUAUAUGAUGUUUGACUGAAUGACCGAUGCCUGGAAGUGAAACUUUGCUCUUCAUUUUUGUGCUUAAAGGGACAUUUUUUUUUCCAGACAAGGACUCAAAAAAACAAAAACACCUUAGUGACUGGAUAGAAGGGGAGCAAAAAUAUGAAUGUGUUAAUGAAGUUAUUGCAUCAUGUGUUUGAUACCAUUUUUUUUGUAUUAUUGAUAUGAUUAUUGGAAAGUGAUUUUAAGCAACUGAAUAAUUUAUUUGUCUGUUACCUCACUGUGUCCCAGACCUGGACAAAAAAAAAUAAUUUUCUUUUCUUUUGCCUUUGAGUAUCUGUACUGUAUGUCGUGGACCAAGAUGGAAAUAAAAAGAAAAACAAAAACACAUUUUGGUCCUGGGUUAAAACAAAUCUGUCUAUAAUGGAGUCUAUGUGGGGAAAU